GAAUGUACACAGUUGCAAUUUCGAUGUGAUCAGUUGAAUAUUCUAACAGUUUUUUCGACGUAGCGUAAAGUGUGAGUUGUUCAACAUCGUAAAACAAUCACCCAUUUACAGUUGAACAAAUAUCAUUUCUAUAGUCCCUGAAUGCGACAUUAGGUUUGGGUUACACCUCAAUUGCUUCGCAAGAUGCCGAGGCAAAAUAUGCUAUUUUGGCACUUAUCUGAAGAACCUCUUGUCUUGAUAAAAGCUGUGUAACACAAUCUGCGUAUUAUGGACGAAGAAGCUGAGACGCAGACAUUUCAUCUCCUGGACCUGCCCUGGGAGGAUGUCCUCGUUCCACAUAUUUUGUGCUAUUUGCCACUGCAACACCUUGUAAACCUGCAAAGGGUUAGCAAGCAGUUCUACAGUCUCAUCCAGGUGUACCUGGCCAACUGCAGGACCUUUAACUUUAACUCGCUGAUAGGACCAUGCAUUCCCAAGGAGGCAUUUUGCUCCAUGUUAAAGGAUAACAAAGUUCUGCAGAAUCUGUCGCUGCAGAACUGCUCAGACUGGGUGAGUGACAAAGAACUGCUGCCGGUCAUCGGUCAGAACCAGCACCUGCACAGAGUGGACAUGAGCGGCUGCACCUGCCUCACCCGCCACUCCCUGGUGGCCGUGUCCUUGAGCUGCAUGCAUCUCCAGCACGUUGGCCUGGCACACUGCGAGUGGGUGGACAGACUGUCGCUGCGCAGCCUGGCCGACCACUGCGGGGGUCUGCUGUCCAUCGACCUCACCGCUUGCCGCCAGCUGAAGGACGACGCCAUCUGCUACCUGGCCAAAAAGUGUUUGCAGUUGAAGUCUUUAUCGUUGGCGGUCAAUGCCAACAUCACGGACGAGUCGGUAGAGGAGGUGGCCAAGAACUGCAGGGGCCUGGAGCAGCUGGACCUGACAGGCUGCCUGCGGGUCAGGAACCAGUCAAUCAGGACUCUUGCAGAGUAUUGCCCAAAGCUGCAAUCCCUAAAGAACCACCUUUACAGAGGGCGCUGGUGCUUCUCCAGGACGUACUGGGCUUUGCUCCCUUUAUUAAUCUUCAGAUAUAGCCACUUUAUUAUGGCAGUCACUUUAUUCUGCAUAACAUGGACACUUUUGCUCAGAGGAAUGUCUCAACACUUCAAGAAGACGAGGAUGUAUUUUCCACACAUUUUGGUGGCAAAACUGUGGACAAAAAAUACUCAUCGGAACUUGGCUUGUUUUUUCUCCCCCACCAAGAUCUGUUCUGCCACUCACAGACAUCAGAGAAGGCUCGACAUCACUGCACUUGAGAAAGUGCCGGGAUCUGCUCUAAGACAGGCAUACCGCUACAUUUACACGGUGCCUCUGAAAUCAGAUUAUGUACGGGUUCAAUUGGCUUAA